UAAUAAAACAUUAUAAAUAAUGAAUUAUACUGAUAAGCUGAUUUUAUAGAUAAUUUUUAAUAAUUAAAUUAAUACGUAACAUGAAAACACAAGCUGUGAUAACUAACAAUUGAAUUACUAAGAUAACAUUAUUAAAAAUCUUUAAUAGUUUAUAAAUAUUGCAGGAUAAAUUCAUUUUAAGAUAUUUUACAUAUAUAUCGGUUAUAUUAUGUCGUUAAACAAAGCAACUUAUUAUUUUCUUACAGUUUCAAAUACAUCGAAACUAACGAGAAGUUUCAGUCUCCAUAAAUUAUCAGAAAGUCAUGCACUACUCCAAAAAACAUGUCGAGAUUUUGCAGAAAAGGAACUCAAGCCUAUAGCGUCUCAAUUAGAUAGGGAACACAAAUUUCCAAAGGAACAGGUUAAAAAAUUAGGGAAAAUGGGUCUGUUAUCAGUUAAUGUGUCAAAAGAUUAUGGGGGUGCUGGUCUGGAUACAUUAGCAUUGGCACUGACAGUGGAGGAGAUAUCUAAAGGCUGUGGCGGCACUGGUGCAAUUGUAUCAAUCCAUAAUUGUUUAUAUGCCAAUCUAAUAGAUAGGUGUGGUAAUCAUGAGCAAAAAUUAAAAUUUUUAAGUCCAUUGAAUGCAAAUGGGGACUUAGGCUGUUUUGCUCUUAGUGAACCAGAUGCUGGCAGUGAUGUAGUAAAUUUGUCGUGCUCAGCUAAAUUAGAAGGAGAUAAUUAUAUACUAAAUGGAACAAAAUCUUGGGUAACCAGCGGUAUUGAAGGAAAAGCAGCUGUUGUAUUCGCUACAGUUGACAAAAAUCUGAAACAUAAAGGUAUUACUGCAUUUAUUGUUCCUCUAUCUAGUUCAGGAGUGACUCUUGGUAAAAAAGAGGACAAAUUAGGUAUAAGAGCUUCAUCUACUUGUAAUUUAAUUCUUGAUAAUGUUAAAGUUCCUAAAGAGAACAUCUUGCGAUCGAUCGGUGAUGGUUUUAGAAUCGCAAUGGAGCAGUUGGACAAGGCUCGAGUCGGUAUAGCAGCUCAGGCUUUAGGAAUCGGACAGGCUGCUCUAGAUUUAGCUGUUAAAUAUUCUUUAUGUAGGAUGGUUUCUGGAAAGCCUAUUAGUGAGAUGGAAGCUGUUAAAUUGAGACUGGCGGAAAUGUCACUACGAUUGGAAUCAGCUCGAUUACUGGUUUGGAGGGCGGCGUCCUGUUGCGACCAACCUAAUAGAACGACAAAAGAAUCGUCGAUGGCCAAACUGGCAGCCAGCGAAGCUUCCACAUUCGUUACGCACGGUGCUAUUCAAAUUCUCGGUGGGAUGGGAUACGUCAGUGACAUGCCGGCGGAACGACACUACAGAGAUGCGAGGAUAACUGAAAUUUAUGGGGGCGUCAGUGAUGUUCACAGGCUUAUAGUUGGUGAUGCUGUCAUAAAGGGGUAUAGUUCAGUAUAAUUAUUAAAAUUGAGUAUUUAAAGUCUGGAUUUAUCGCUUAAACGCUAUAACGACUGUCUUAUUUAAAUUUGACGGGUUUGGUGUCAUUACAAAAAAUGAGUCUUCCACUGCGACCCAGACGGAUCUAUUGUGACAUCUGUGAAACUUCUAAACAAGAACAAUAAAGUCUACCUAACAAAUUAAAAUUGACAUAAGUUUGGCCAUAUAAAGAGGCUAUUUUUUAGUUUAUUCUUUGUUUUUUAUAUACUUUUAUUCCAUUUAUAUAGCUUGUGUACAUAGCUUGUGUACCCGUAGUAUAAAAAAAUUGUCACCGACUUAAUUUCUCAACAUCCAAGCUUCCUCGAGUCGAUAGACCCUUCACAACUCCGGCAAUCAGUAAAGUUUUUAAUUCACUAACUACCAUCGAUCACGAGGUAACGUUAAUACCUUAUUCGUCACUGUAUCAAAAAAUAAUAAAAAAUAUCCUUUAAUAGGAGAAUUUUCGUCAGAUUUAAUUUUUAAGAAAAUCCGGGUUACCACCGCUCUACUAAGCGUCAUUUUUUUAAUCCUUAAUUUAUCGCGAAGAAAAUAAAUAUUGUUUAUCGAUAGUAAUGCCGAGUGAAAUUACUUCUGUCAUAAUAAAUGUAUUAUUAAUUAGCUUUUAGUAGGCACCAGGAGGCGCGACAGUAUUACUGAUAUUUAUUUUAUUUAUUGGCAAAAGUUUUCAUUCAACGCAUUAUUAUAAAAAAAAUUAUUGAGGCAUAAAAGUAAAUAAAAUGUCUAAAGUAAAAGAAAAAAUAGUCAUGUGACUCAAUUUAUUAUGGCAUUACUGUCAAUUUUGGCUGCAUUGUUGUUGUAUAGAAAAAAUCAAUUGAAUAUAACCAAGGUAACUUAAAAUUUACAAAUUUUGUAAUAAUAAAAACGCUAUUUAAAUAGCAUUGUCUAAUUUAUGAAGUUGUUACUCACGUAAUUUUUUCAUUAAAUGUGUCAUGAGUAAAAUCAUAUUUUUAUACAAAAUUUCAUACAAUAUUUCAUAAAAAAAAUAUUCUUCACAAAAAAAUUCUUGGAAAUCCAUAAUCAAAUAAGUAUUAUAAAAUUUUGUAAAAUAUAAAUGGUAUACAGGGAAAAUAAAUAUUAUAAUUUAUAAUGAAGAAUAGUUCUUUUAAAUUUGAAUAUAGAGCAAAAUGUUGAUAGGAAUUUUUAAGUGAUUUUGAUUUACUUUAUUCAAUUAAUAUUCCAAGACUAAAUCUAUAGUGUGUACUGGAAAUCCAAGUGAUGCAGAACUUUUUAUCAGUAACAUAAUUUUUUUUAAUGUAAGAAAAACAUAUUCCUAUUUGUUUAAAAACUUUGUGGGACACACUGCAUACCAUAUUGAUGUUAUCAUAUAAAGUGGUCGUAGAUAAGGUGCUUUAAAGUAUUAAAUACCAUUAUAUAUUAUAUAAUUGAUAAAUUGUCAAUUAUUAUUGUAAAAUUUAAAAUUUGAUAAAUAUAUCAUUAUUAUUUGUAAAAUAUAUUAAAUACGGUCGACAUAUAUUUUUUUAUACGUUUUGAAUUAGUGAAAUAUAGGAUAAACUGCUUUUUUAGAAUUGUAUUACAUUUUUGAUUAAUUAAAUUUAUCUAUAACCACCCAAAAGAUAGAUGUGGGCUUUAAACCUUCAUUAAAAAGUUAGUGAAAAAGGAAAAAGCAGGUUUUCCAUAAUAUCCAAAUUUGAAACAAAAAUAGUCGACUCGUAUUUAUUUUAAUAAAGUAUUUUUCU